AUGCGCCUCUCUCUGCCGCUCCUCCUGCAGCUCCUCCUGCCGCUCCUCCUGCCGCUCCUGCUGCUCCUGCCGCGCGCGCACUGCGGCAGGGACAGGCGCGCACCGCUCCCAUGUCCGGACAGGUGCGACAAGUCCACGUGCGCGCCUCUACCCGCGGACUGUCUCCAUGCGGACGUCCUGGACAAGUGCUCGUGCUGCCCCGUGUGCGCGAGCGGAGAGGGCGAGGUGUGCGCCGCGGACGCGGACUGCGCAGAGGGCAUGCGCUGCGCGCUCCCGCCCGGGGCCGUGCAGGUGUCCGCCACCGUCAGACACAGAGGGACCCUGGGCGCGUGCGUGUGCGCCAGCUCGGAGCAGGUGUGCGGUAGUGACGGGGUUUCGUACAGAAACAUCUGUGAACUGAAGCGCGCGAGUCUGAAGCAGCCCACCGUGAUCGCGGUGCAGCGCGGCGCGUGCGGCGGAGAGUCGUCCCAUGCAGACAGUCUGAGACACAGAUAUAACUUCAUCGCGGACGUUGUGGAGAAGAUCGCCCCCGCGGUGGUGCACAUCGAGCUCUACAGGAACGUUGAUGUGAUCACGCCCUUCCACCCGAGGAUGGUUUUCUCAAAGCGUGAGGUGGCUGUGGCGAGCGGCUCUGGCUUCAUCGUGUCUGAGGACGGACUCAUCGUCACCAACGCGCACGUCGUCGCCAACAAGCACCGCGUCAAGGUGGAGCUGAAGAGCGGAGCCACAUACGACGCUAAAAUCAAAGACGUGGACGAGAAAGCCGACAUCGCUCUGAUCAAGAUCGACACUCCGGUUAAACUCCCGGUGCUGUUGCUGGGACGUUCCUCUGACCUUCGUCCUGGGGAGUUCGUAGUCGCCAUCGGGAGCCCGUUCUCCCUCCAGAACACAGUGACCACAGGGAUCGUCAGCACCACCCAGAGAGGAGGCCGCGAGCUGGGCCUGAGGAACAACGACAUGGACUAUAUCCAGACGGACGCCAUCAUCAACUACGGGAACUCUGGAGGUCCAUUAGUGAAUUUGGACGGAGAGGUGAUUGGGAUCAACACGCUCAAAGUGACGGCUGGAAUCUCCUUCGCCAUUCCCUCUGAUAAGAUCCGACAGUUCCUCGCGGAGGCUCACGACAGACAGGCUAAAGGAAAAACUUUACCAAAGAAAAAAUACAUUGGAGUCAGAAUGAUGUCCCUCACUCCCAGUUUGUCAUCGGAGUUGAAAGAGCGAAUGUCAGACUUCCCUGACGUGACCUCAGGUGCUUACGUCAUCGAGGUGAUCAGCCGGACCCCCGCAGAGGCCGCCGGUCUGAAGGAGAGCGACGUCAUCAUCAGCAUAAACGGAGAGAGAGUGACAUCGGCCAGUGACGUCAGCGCCGCCAUAAAACGCGACCAGACGCUGAAAACCGUGGUGCGCCGCGGCAACGAAGACGUCAUCCUCACCAUCGUCCCCGAGGAGAUCGACCCUUGACCCCUGAUCUCUGACUCCUGUGACCCCGCAGAACUCCACAGCUCCACAUAAACGAAUCAGGGACUAGCGCUCUUCACCCGUCGACCAAUCAGACGCCCUAGAGCUGCUGGGGUUCGGACUGUAAAUAUUAGCACUUUUAACUGUAGUCUUCCACCUUACAAACAUGGCCGUGCCCACAUGAUACUAAUGUAAAUAGUGUUUGUAAAUAACUCCUCUAUGCAAAGUAAUAGCCCUUUGGACCAAAAACUAAUAAAAAACAUAAAAACAAUAACAUUUAGGACUCAAAAACAUUCUCGUGUUUUAAUGCAACGCUUCUACAACUUGAAUCGACUCUCUAAAAGUGGCAACAACUCACUGGAGCAUUCCGUGGUUAGAUCCCAGAUCUAACUGGUGCCUGUUGCCCUUGAGCAAGACACUUUACCCAUCUUGUCUACGUGUGAAUGUGAAAGUAAGGCUUCUGAAAUACUUUACCAUCAAGUAAAAACGUGCACUGUCGUCUCGUAGACUGUGCGUAGAAAUGGACGUAGCUCAGGCACGAUUUGACUCCCAUCGACACUGGCUCCAAUUCACUUUCUACUGAAAAACCGUGGCCUCUCUUUGUAACUGCUGCUGUCAGACUCGUCAUUUUGGUCUUAAAUGUUCAUAUUAACCCGCUGUACAUCCUGGGGGUUUUAUUUCACUAUUUUAUCCCUGAAAAAGAUAUAAACUUUGCCUUCUUUUCCCAACAUUGCUCCCACUAGCGUAACACCCUCACUCCUGAUUGGCUCUUUGGUUGCUAUGACACUUGCGGUCGUAUUACCAAAUAUGGAAAACGUCUCCAAAUUGGCCGCUAUAACUGCUCUAGCGUUGGUGAGCGUCGUUUGGCUGGACACUCCCUCAGUCCACUUCUUUAUACUGUCCACAGGUUUAAAAACACUUGAUCCUUAUGUAACUAUGCAAACACAGGGUCUAUGAGGUCUAAUAAAGUGUAUUUCCUGUUUAGGUUUUGUUUUGUUUUGUUGUGGUCAUGGCCCCAACGCUGAAUCCUUGUAUUUAUUUCCUAACUCUCCAUCUGCAGAAUCUAACUGUCCCGACGCUCACAUGUUUAAGAGGUUUGUUUAUUGUGUUUGUUUGAAUGGAAUAAAGUUAUUUUGUACAAAAAAA